AUCUGCUCGCGCCUGAGCUGUUUCGGGGUCGUGGCAGAGUGCAAUUUUAGCUUUCAGUACAUCAUAUGCCACUGGGAAAAUAAUAAUAAUGGAAGACCCGGUGUUUCGCACAAAAUAUAAAAAGUGUAAGCGCAAAGUGAGAUUGUGGGAAAAGGAGUUUCUCGAGAGAUGUGGCCGAAUACCUUCCAAACAUGACAUCCGAGAUUCUCCUACAGACGUUCGACAAUCAUACAAAAUGUAUUAUAAACUGAAAACGGUUAUAGUGGAAAACGCUCUCCAAAAUGUACUGGAUGAUGAUGACGAUUUCGACAGUUCGCUGGUGUCGCAAAUGGAGUCGAGUCUAAAUCAGGAAAGCUCGUUGGCAGAGGGUUUUUCCAACAUCAACGAACUGAGAUCAUCGAAUGUGUCUAUCAACAACUUAUUGACGGAUCAAGUGGCAGGGAAUGUGAGCGAAUUCGAAGCGGAGCAGGAAUUGGACCAAAACAUCAAUGCGUGGGGAAGAGAACUGAAUAGAAACAAAGUUUCCACUGUCGCAACACCUCCGGUUUCGGUUGCCAGGCCCAAAGCGAGAGCACCUUCGAAACUAUCGAUGGAUGCAUCUGGUUUGGUACCCAAACGAAAUCCUAGGAAAUCUUUGAGUAGCAGACUGCGUAAUGAUUCCCGCCAAUCGGAUGUCACGGGACAAUGUUCCAGUGCUGUGGUCGAGGCUCUCCCUGACUUGGAGACGUUACUGAAUGAAAAAUCUAAGCAGGCGCUGGAGAAUUCUCCACCCAAAGCACUGAAACUGGAUCAAAUGCCACGGACAAACUUCAACGAAUUGGACCAGGGAUGGCUGAAUCGUCAAGCUACAGAGAACGGGGUCGUAGUCAAUGUGUAUGAGUCGACUGCUAAUAUACAGAUAAAUAAUGAUGUUUCCACUGUCGGCAGGCCUGUAGCUUCCGCUUCCAGUUUCGGGAUGUCUGGUCUCAGGAUUAACUCAUUUUGUGCAAGCGGUGGGUUGGAAACUAACAAAGGGUCACACAUUACUGCGCAAAGUACAGCCUUCGAUCAAUCGGUGCAUUUGGACUCCGAUGGAGUUGUGGAGAACAGUGAGGAUGAAGCCAGUACAAGUGGUUCGUUCGGGUCGCACAGUGUUCGACACGUCGUUAAGAAACGGAAGGUGUGCACUAGCAUAAACGCAUUGAAUGAAAAGAAUUCGGGAACUGGAGCAAUUGAAACAAAGCUAAACACAUCCGAGAAAAAAGAAAAUCUUGACCCAGCAAAAAUCAAUGAACCAAUAAAAAUAGAGCCUAAAGCGAAGCAAGUUAGAAAAAAGGUUACAACGAAACCAAAAAUCGAGAGAAAGGAUAAAAUUCAAAAGGGCCCCGUCAUUCGACGAAUAUCCGCACGUAUUCGCAAAACUGCGAGCUACAGCAAUACCGACACCGUAGAAGAUGGGGAUAAAGAUUCGUUCGAAGAGUUUGAUGAUGAAGAUAAGGAUCCAUGUUUUGUGGAGGAUAAAAAUAAGCGAGUGCCACAAGACGCACUGGAUGAAACUUUCGAGGAGAUUAUUCAAGAACCAUCGCCAGUCAAAACCAAAGAUAAGAAAGCUAAAUCGAUUCCUAAAACUAGAACAAAGAAAGUGCAUACAUCUCCGUCUAAAGGCAAAAGACGUUCUGGAAAUGGGAAGAAAAGUCCUGUAGCUCCUCGGAUCGGCGGGAACACCGGGAAGGGCAAGAAAAAAGCUGCCAGUGUCAAAAGAGUGUCACUCGAGGGAGAAGCAAAAGUGGAAGACGAUUUCAAUGAAUACGUGCUGGAAUUUGGAAUCGAAAAUUUGAACAACGCCCCAAGAAUUGAUAUUGCAGAGUUGCAGGAAAACACCCAAAUGGUUGAAAACUUCAUUCAAAAUAUUCCCAUGCGGCCAGCCACGGCCGUUAAGAGCGAUGAAGUGGAAGUUGUCACCAGUAAAGAAGCCGUUCUCAGGAAGAAAGUAGCCGCGGGAAAGCUGAACGAAAAUUUCGUUCGGGUUGAUCUUCGCAAGAAAGUGUUCGUUAGAGGCAAGAAAACUAUCAAUUUCAGCAAAUACAAAAAGUCAUUGUGGAAGAAAAAGAAAAUUGCGGCCUUGUCAGGCCCCGAUAUGGACAUGGGAGGCUGCGAUGGAGGUUUGCUGGUUUGCUUCCAAUGCGGUGGAGUUGGCCACAUGGCUCGAAGUUGCAAGGUGAAGGGAGAACAACUGCUUCCGCUCGAUGCGGUUGACCAAGAAGAAUCACCGUUUCCCACAUUAGAGGAAUCUGAGUCAAUGGCAAAGGCCAAAGCCGUGCUAGUUCACGCGAAUAAAAUUCAUAGCCUCCCGGCGGUGAACAAUCCAACGUGGAAAAAAGACGACGAUGAGCUAACGCACAGUGAGAAAAAAUCAUUGGAACAGCUCGACCUGGGGGAUGAGUGGGAGGAUGAGACACUAGAACCGGAACCAGCCCCAGUGAAGACCUACAUUGGUCAUGCUAUACCACAGGACUUUCUUAAAGAGUCUGGAAUAUUGGAAUACACUGUUGGGAAUAAGGACAAAAACGAACCUCUCUAUCAGCUCCAAUCGGAUGGCACCUUACCUCCCACCCCCAAGGAAGUGUUCGAAGCACUGCAGAUGUUCGGCCACAAACAGUUUCGUGCAGGUCAAGAGCGUGCCGUUAUGCGGGUUCUGUGUGGAUUAUCUACUUUGGUUACUUUAAGUACUGGAUCUGGAAAGUCACUUUGCUAUCAACUUCCAGCCUAUUUGUUUCGGAAGCAUCGGAAGUGUGUUACACUUGUCAUUUCUCCACUUGUUUCUCUGAUGGAAGAUCAGGUCCACGGAGUUCCAAGUUUUUUGAAUGCUCAGUGUUUGCAUACCAACCAGACACCUAAGGUUCGUGAAAGAACGAUGGCUGCGAUCACAGCCGGUGAGUUGGAUGUGCUUUUAAUCUCCCCGGAAGCGGUGGUGUCUGGCGAAAAGUCUACGGGCUUCGGUUCGUUGCUGCGUCAGUUGCCCCCGAUUGCUUUUGCCUGUAUCGACGAAGCACAUUGUGUAUCCCAGUGGAGCCAUAACUUCCGACCGAGUUAUCUCAUGAUAUGUAGGGUUUUAAAAGAGAAACUCGGUGUUAACACGAUCCUUGGAUUGACCGCAACGGCUACUUUGCCGACAAGACAAAGCAUCAUAGAACAUCUAUCCGUUCCGGAUGGUUUACGUGGCAUCAUCAGCGAUAUCCCUCUGCCCGAUAAUCUCAUUCUCACCGUAUCGAGAGAUGCAAAUCGUGACGCCGCUCUGCUCCAUCUGCUUCAAUCGGAACGAUUCGAGGCGCUGCGUUCGAUUAUCGUUUACUGCACCCGUCGGGAUGAAUGCGAACGACUCGCGGCGUUUCUGCGAACAUGCUUCCAGAAAGAAGCGGAGAAUGCGACGGACCAUGGCUCUGAGAGCAAGAAGCGGAAACGUAUGAAUUAUGUGGCUGAACCCUACCACGCUGGACUUUCGGCGAGCAGAAGAAGAACCAUUCAGAACGCAUUCAUGAGUGGUGAUCUUAAAGUGGUGGUGGCCACUAUCGCAUUCGGAAUGGGUAUUAAUAAGUCGGACAUUCGUGCAAUUAUCCACUACAACAUGCCGAAAAGUUUCGAAAGCUAUGUUCAGGAAGUGGGGCGUGCCGGUCGUGACGGGGAAACCUCGCACUGUCAUCUGUUCCUCGACAACAGUGGAAACGACAGGAACGAACUGCGUAGACAUAUAUAUGCCAACUCGAUCGAUAGACACGUAAUCAGGAAGUUGCUACAAAAGAUAUAUGUACCGUGUGGCUGUGUGAAGAAUUUCAGGAAUGAAGAAUUUUCCGAAGAGUAUCGCAAGCGCAUGGAUGUUGGGAAAAAUAACAGCCGGUCUGAAGAACUCAGCGUUUCGAAACCAACUCCUAAAAAACGGAUUUGUCCAGGCCAUGAAGUGUGUUUUUCGAUACAAAAUACGGUACAGGAAUUGGAUAUUCCAGAAGAAAACAUUUCGACUCUUCUGUGCUACCUGGAACUGCACCAAGAACGUUAUAUUCAAGUACUGAGCCGAGCUUACGUUAUGUGUAAGGUCAUGUCUUACGCUGGCCCAAAAGCGAUGCGUAAUGCUGCGAAAGAGUGUCCUCCUCUGGCAAUGGCCAUCGCAUUAGAUUUGAAAAAGAACAUUUCUCAUGAUAAUUCCACCUUCAUUGAGUUUCCUGUGAUAGACGUGGCAGCGGCCAUCGGAUGGGACAGUGGAGUGGUGAAGUUUCAGUUGAAAAACAUGGAGUGGACCACUGAACGGAAUACUCGCAAGCGAUCGCCAAUCAGCGUGAGUUUCUUCGAUCUUGGCUUUCGUAUACGAGCACCCGGUGAUUUAACGGAUGAUGAACUCGAGAAGAACCUGGACUCAUUGUACGAACGGGUCAAACGGCAGGAAAAGACUCAACUGGGGCAGCUACAAACUGUUUUCGAUGCUCUUUCAUCGGUUGCCUUCCCAACAUUUUUGCCAGUCAGUAAAGCUGACUGUCCCCAUGGAGCUUCGAAUAAAUUAAAAACGAUUAUUCGGGAGUACUUCCAGUCGGAGGUCACCAGCGAUUAUCCUAUUAUUGCGGAGCCGGAUGAUACCCCUGACACUCAACUCCUAGGUGAUAUACGAACCCUAAUUCAUCGUUAUCCGGAAAAUAAUUUCAGUGGAAGAGCCAUCGCUCGGAUUUUCCACGGUGUACAAAGUCCAAACUAUCCGGCUGUUAUUUGGGGAAGGUGCAAUUUUUGGCGAACUCACACUCGAGUAGACUUCAACCGUAUCGUGCAAAUGGCCAACACUGAAAUCGUUCGAUUGCGAACAUAAUCCAGCACGAUAGCUGAUCUGGGGGCUUCUGAUGUUGAUUUUGUUAGCCCAACAUUAGGGAAGGAGAACGAAUGUUUCCGGUUUUUUUCAGUUUAUUGAUUAGUUUUUUUUCCUUCAAAAGAAGUUUUCCUUGUUUGAAUUUUUUAGUGCAAAUUGAACAUGAAUUAAAAUUAUCUUGUUGAAAAAAAACCCUGGCAAUUUACUAUAUCAUUAUUGUCUUCCAGAUUUAACUUUUUGUUGGGAAAACUUGGCAUUUAUUUUUAUAAAAUAGACGAAUUUCAUGCCAACUCUACUGGCCAUUAGCAGCAAUAUAGCAAAUUACAGGGAAACGUUGUGGGUAUAAAGGCACUGGUCAUUUAAGCACAUUUGCAUACUUGGAAUAUUCAAACAAGAAUUAGACUGCUGCCUAAAACGAGUUGGCAUAAAAUUCGUCAAUAAAGGGUGUGUCACAUCAAAUUGCAUCACGGAAAAAACGCUGUAGAAAUUCGGCCAGUA